ACGGGGUUUCUCCUCCAUUUCACAUCACCGUCACCACCACCACCACCAUCAUCAUCAUCAUCAUCAGUUCUGGUCACGUGGUGCAUCGGGUGCGGGCGGUGGGUGUGUCUAAUCGCGUGUGGUUUCAUUCAUAACUAGAGUCUUUAUUUGAAACCCAGAUUAAAGUAUGCAGACGGGGCAGGCUGCCUGUGCACCGCUUCACACGGAGUCUACAGCCCGGUGAGUCCGACCUCUGCCCAGCUCACAUCAGGACCAGCUCGCGGAGCCACAGGCGUGCUCACGGUGUAACGUGCUACUAUUUCAUUAUGCUGAGAGCACACGACGCGGAGAUGUGGGACAGCCUUGAUCGGCGGGUUUUCGGAGGAGAGGGGAAGAUGCUGCCGCUGCUGAUGCUGAGGCUGCCGCUGCUGCUGCUGCUGCUGAGCGCCGCCGGCUGCAGCGGGUCGCUGUAGUCAGCCUGCACAGAGCGGAGGGAAGCUGCUUCAACACCGCCUGUAUAUAGACCGUAUAAGGGUUCACUCACGCUGACCUGGACCAUGAGCAAUGAUUUGCCUGUUCUGACAAGUCUGACUGAGAACUCCACUGAUGUGCCCGUGUCUGCGGGCCAGGUGGAGAACUAUGGGCUGCUGUUGGUGCUGCUGAGUGUUUUUGCCGGGGGGACGCUGGUCCUGCUCUCCCUGCUGCUCCUCUUCUGUCACCGCUGCUGUAUGGGCGGACGACGCUACUCCAGAGCCAGCGAUGACCCUGAGAAGACAAACACCACUUAUGCUGAAGAUUCUCAGCCCACCCAAGAGAUCACCAUUCGCCUGGAUGAAUCAGAUGCUCUCUCAGCUUCGAGUUGUCACGAUGGAGAGUCAGAAAGAUUUGUCUCCACUGGGUCUACGGGCCGUAGAGUCUCCUUCAAUGAAUCUGCACUUUACGAACAGGAGAAGACGACUCAGGACAAAGGACGCAGGUACACUCUGACUGAAGGAGACUUCCACCACCUGAAAAAGGCCCGGCUUACCCACCUUCACCUGCCGCCAGCCCCGUGUGACCUUAAGAUCCUCACCAUCAUGGAGUGUGACUCGGUAGAGAGCAGCACCGUCAACAUCAGUGAGACGGCAGCUCCAAAACUGCCCCUCACCAUCUACCAGCCCACCGAGAGACGAGUACCUGACUGGAUGGGACAGAGCCUCAGUGGAGGUCUACCAGGAGACCCACACCACUCCAUCAUCCUGGACCAGGGACCCAGACAGGCCUCAUCAACAAUGAAAACACAGCACACACGGUCCCAGACAAUGGAGGCUAUCGGGGACAGGGGAGAGGCUGAGAGCGAAAGAGGGAUAAGAGGAGAGUUGACUCAAGCUCCGGGCCAGACUUCAGUUCUACAUUUCUUCUCGAAACUGCGGCGCCAUGCCAGUCUGGAGGGGGCGGGGCCUUACUUCAGGAGGUGGAAGUUUGACAGCAGUCACCGGGCUGCCAGUCUGGAUGCCAAAGGAUCACCCAAGAGAAGGCCCUUCCAGAGACAGAGAGCAGCAAGCGAAACCACCGAUCACACCGAAGACGAAACCUUACCUCUCCAAGAUGACAUCAUUGACUCUUUUCCACACACUCCCAUCCAGACCAGUGGCCUCCAGUCCCUCUCUGCAGAUUCUCUGUCUCACCCUUCAUCUACACAUCACGUCCUCAGCAGGCUGAAACUCGAGGCCAUGGUGGAGGUAGGCGGCACCAGGAGAGAGGAACCCUGUCUGCCAACAGAUGACUGUCGUGCCCAGAGGCAAGAGGAGGCCACAAUCAAUGGAAUAGGAGUAGAGAAAGAAACAAAAUUUGGUGAAACUGUAAGAGCAGAAGCAGCGGGAGUCAAGCUAGAACUGACAGAGGAUGACGACUUGUUCGGCGCACAAGAAGAAGCUGCGAUUCAAGAAAGGUUUGAAGACAUGUUGAGGAAAACUAAAGACACAAAGGUGGAGGGCAUGACAGCAGAUGUGAGGAAAAAGAAUGAGGCUGAGGUAGAUGAUGGAGAAGAUGUGGUGUUGGGAGCGGAGGCUAGGCAACGGGCUGACUCAGGCUCAUCUCUUUCCUUCAUGGUUCGCCAGGAGAGCUCGGAGGCCCCUCACUCCCUGUACAGAGACAUUUGGAGCUUGCGAGCUUCUCUGGAGCAAUACGCCUCCUCAGACCAGAGCAGCACAGAUCGGGAGUCUAUCCGCAGUGAUGCCGACAGCGUCUCAUCCUUAGGCGGUGCAGGAGCUCGCUCUGGCCUGGACAGCUGCCUGUCCCAAGACCUGGAUGAUGACCCUGAAGGAGAGGGGGAGGGAGAGGUGUUGGAAGGAGGGAUCAGAGGGGCGUCAGGUGGGGAUAGUGAGAUGGGAGGUGGAGCUGGAGGAGAGGGUGAGGCAGGUAACCGCAAGCUCCUUCAAAUGGACAGUGGCUAUGCCUCUAUUGAAGCCCCAUCCAGGGCCCCUGAGGAGAUGCGGCUUUUUGGGACUCCUGGAGCCCCAAGAGGGAAGACGGCAUCAGAGAGAAGGUUGUUCUUCACCAGCUCUGGAAGAAAAGGUUCAGUGUGUGAGAGCAUCGAGGCCAAGCUGUUCCAGGAGGAGCUGGAGGACGAGAUGAAAGAUUGCACAGAGGCAGAGGAGAAACUAAAGGAGAGAUCUCAACUUGCCAGCCAGUCUCCCACCCUUCAAGAACCAUAUCAACUUCUGAAAUCCCUUCAUCCUCAGAAACCUCCAGAUUCACAAUCACAGCUGAUGUCUCCAUUAAUGAAGCCGAUCCCACAACCCUCGAGCCCUCACAGACCUCGCCUCCGCCGCCGUGACUACAGCAUUGACGAGAAGACAGACGCUCUUUUCAAUGAGUUCCUCCGUCACGAUCCCCGGUUCGACCAGCAGGACUCUCCCCUGCGCUCCAGGCACCGCUCCAGAGUUCACCUGCGGAAGCAGUGGCAGAGACACAAGCAAUACAGUGACCCAGGGUCAGGCACUGGGGGUAGGUACUCUCCAUCUUUAGAGAGGCAGAGGUUUACUCCGCUGAGAAGGGGUGACAGUGCCGGUUACCCUCUGGACACCAGAUAUCACAGCACACUGUCACGCAUUGCAAGUGCUGCUGAUGAAGAGGCCAGUGAGGUUGCAGCUUGCGAGGACGCAGCCAAAGACAGUGUGGAGAACAAAGAUCCAUCAAGUGAAGGAGCUGCAGGGGAUGCUAUAGAAAGUGCAGCCGACAAAACAUCUGAAGACACAGAUGCAAAAAAGAGCAGCUCUUGCUGUGCAGGGUCAGGUGGAGAGGGCAGCAGCUGCCAAGACUCUACAGACAAGGACACAGAAAGUACAACUAGCCAGUCUUUGACCACUGUGACUGCACAAUCGAGCCACAUGGAUCCAAAAGUCGACAACAGAAACAACAACAGUAGUCAAGCUAUCCUAUCAGAGGUUUCCGUGCAGGAAGAGGGCAACUUAGCAGACAAACUGGUCGCGUCAGUUGAAGAGAGGCUCUACGGCGGCCUGCGCAGCACAGAGAAGCUCGGCCAGGGAGGAUCAGAGCGUGUGCUUACCGUGUCACACACAGCCUCACCUGGCUUCAGUCCCAUAUAACCCGUUGGCAAAAUCAUCUUCCUCAUUAGCUUUAUUUCAGAUCCUUUGUGUACAGACCACAGACAUGAACAAAACGGUCUGCAGCAAUUCAAACAUCAUCACGUGUUAGAUACUGGGUCAAUCUCUGCGUCUGUUAUAAUCAGACAAAUCUUCAAAAUAAAUAUGGUCUGAUAUCACACAGAUAUAUUCUUAAGGACAGAAGUACCUUCUGGACGGCCAGUCUCUUCCAGUGUUUCCAUUCAGACCUUAAUUUUCACUGUGACACCAUGUGACAUGUGAUGCCCUUUUUAUCGGUAACGAUUCUUAAAAUCCAAUGCAUUCAUUACAUUAGCUUCGAAAAUAAAGAUCCAUCUUUAGAAAAAUUAAAUAUUUUCAGACUUAACUGUGAAUUUUCAGCAUGAUACUGUAUGUCCAAACAACGUAUAUGUGAAUACUGUACAGUUUUAACUUUAAAACAAAAAGCACUUUGAUGGGAAGAAAGAUAAUGAUGGAGUUUCUGUCACCCAUUUCUCUCAUUUUUAAACUAUAUCCUCCUCAAGUGUCCUUCUUGUCUUUAUCACCAUUAGGGUACAUGUAUAUGUGAGAGCUGUUGUGUCUGUAUUUGGUAACUGGAAGAAAAAUGCUGACCAAGUUAAAGAAAAACAUUAUUCUUAUGACAGUUUUAUGCUUGCAGGCUGCUCUCUCUUUAACACCAUAUAAGCAGAUCUAGAGAUAGCACACUAUAUCGUAAAAGGAAAAACAGAUGGGAUACCCAGAAUAUACAGCCAACACAGCUGUUGAAGAUACAUGCAUCAAGCAUUUUUAUACUCAUAUUUCAUCCAUUUUUAUAGGAUAUCAGUUAGUCAUUUGCCCCUGUUAUGCAUCACAAUUAAGGAGAUGGUAUUCAUGGGCUCCAGUGGAGUGUUGUAUCACUACUGGGACUCUGCUGUGGGGGAGACUGACAGAUGAUACUUAAAGUGACUGACAUUGGAGCCUCUCAGGCUUUUAGACAGAUGGUCCAGUGACAAGAGAGUUGAGGCUGUGAAAGUGGAAGUUGAAACUGAGCAGCAGUGGCAUUGUCUACUCCCAUAUCCCAGCAUAAAGGAAUAUACUAGAUUGUAUUUUUAUUAUUGUCAACAAAUCCCACAAAAAGACCAAAACCAACAAUAAACUGAUCAAACUAGUAGGUACUGUAUAUGUAGCUAAAGUCUGGUAUAGUUUAUUACUUUGUGUCAUAGAACAAAAUAUGUAUUAAUCCACAGCUGAAAAUAGUCCCCCAUCCCAUUACUUCUUUUUGACUAACAGUUGCUAAAAACUACAGUACCAAGUCUUUUAAGGAAAUAAAUGUGACCUGUUUUCAAUGUUUUUUUCUUCAGUGGGAACCAAUGGGAGUGAGACUGAGAACCACAGACAGGGGAAAAUGAGAAGGUUGUUGGUUUUUGUCUUUUCAUAGAAUGUGUUGACACAGAGAAAAAAUAGAUAUUCUUUACACGUCAGGAUUAAAUCUACAGUAGAGCUACAGCUAAGAUUAUUUUCUUUACUGAUUAAUCUGCUGAUUAUUCGAUUAGUCUAAAAUGUCUCAAAUUGGUUAAAAAACACUCAUCACAAAGGUGAUAAAAUAAUAAAAAAAAAAAUCUUGUCCACUAGCUACCAUUUUGGAGAAAUUUUCAACUGCAUCUCAUGGUCUUCCUCAGUAAAAAAAAAAAAACCAAAAACUCCAUCCUCUGACUGUGAGAUUUGAGUUUACUUUUUUUUCCUGUCAAAUUACUGUUUCCAAGGUCAAGAAAGAAAUUUCAGGUUCAAUCUUAAGUGUCUUGUUUUGUCAGAUCAAUCAGUACAAAACGCAACAAUACCUAAU